UUCUAGCGGCGUGUGUUUGAGGGGUCGGGCGGCUGGUGAGGGAUAGUCGCCGGGCGGUUGCACGUUUCAAACGCGAUUUAAGAAAGAGACACCGCCGAAAAUUACACUUGAGGUUAAAGAAACCCUCCCCCUCGGUGACGACCUCAGUGUAGUUGUUGAAUGCAGCGUCUGCGCCACAAGAGAACGCAGCCCGGCUACUAGCCAGCUAGCUUCAUCCCUGAAAACUGACGGCGUCUGGUUUCUGAGAGCUAGCCUCCCAGCUAUUUAUUUAGCAGCUAACAUAAUUUAGGGUGUUUCUCGUCCUCGCGCAUCCGACAGUUAAGCCUCCGCUUACGUUUGUGCCUUUCAGUUAAGUUCAGAAUCCCACAUUUGGCCAAAAACACCCCCCACCCCCCCUUCUUCGUAAACUAGCUGCCAACCGUAGACAGCAUUUGCGUUGCUUGUUGUGAUACCCAUCACACCCAUCUAUCCAGCCCUUUCACCUCUAUCCCUUCCACCUUUUUUUCCCCCUCCACCCGUAACACUGGAAAUCUCGAAGCGGCCAGAGAGCGGCGAAGGGCCGGUGAAGCUGGGAACGGCUCCGGACUCGCAGGGAGUCGCAACGUUUACGGACAACAAACACAGCCGUGGGGAUCUACCGAAAAGCAUGGACGGGCUGGCCGUGGAGGUUCGCGGCUCAAAUGGGGCCUUUUACAAGGGUUUUAUCAAAGAUGUCCAUGAAGACUCACUCACUAUUGUAUUUGAAAACAACUGGCAGCCUGAGAGACAGCUGCCCUUCAGCGACGUGCGGCUGCCUCCACCUGCCGACUACCACAAGGAUAUCGGUGAAGGCGAGGAGGUGGAGGUAUACUCCAGAGCCAAUGAACAGGAGCCAUGUGGGUGGUGGCUGGCACGGGUCAGAAUGAUGAAGGGGGAGUUCUACGUAAUCGAAUAUGCAGCGUGUGAUGCCACAUAUAAUGAGAUUGUCACGUCAGAGCGCAUCAGGCCUCUCAACCCCAACAGUCCUGCCUCCCGAAACACUUUCCACAAGGUCACCAUCCCCAUCCCAGAAGACCUGAGGGAAAUAUGUGCAACUGACGGGAUUCACAAGGACUUCAGAAAAGCAAUUGAAGCUAACUGCAUCUUCUAUAGCGCUCAAACAAAUGAGCUCGUUGUUCUGUCCACAAAUGAGACGACCAUAAAGCGUGCAACACUUUUGAGUGACAUGCAUUUCCGCAGCAUCCGUACCAAACUCAUCCUAAUGUCCCGCAACGAAGAAGCCACUAAACAUUUGGAGACCAGUAAGCAACUGGCGGCAGCAUACCAAGAAGAGGUCAAAGUCAGGGAGGACCUAAUGGGUCUCGCCAUCGGCUCCCAUGGUGCCAACAUCCAGCAGGCCAGAAAGGUGCCUGGUGUUACAGCCAUUGAGCUGGAAGAGAAAAGUUGUACUUUUAGGAUCUAUGGAGAGACCCCUGAGGCUGUGAAGCAAGCUAGAGAAUAUCUUGAGUUCAAAGAAGACUACUUUCAGGUACCCAGGAACCUUGUAGGCAAAGUCAUCGGCAAGAACGGCAAAGUCAUUCAGGAGAUAGUGGACAAGUCUGGUGUGGUCCGCGUCCGCAUCGAGGGAGACAACGACAAAAAGCUCCCCCGUGAGGAGGUAGGCAGGCAGGGGGCUGGCAGAGACGACACUGCCAGCAGCAAAGAGGGCAUGGUUCCCUUUGUGUUUGUUGGAACUAAGGAGAACAUCAGCAAUGCUCAAGCCUUGUUGGAGUACCAUGUUUCUUACCUCCAGGAAGUGGAGCAGCUGCGCCUCGAGCGUCUCCAGAUAGACGAGCAACUCCGUCAAAUUGGGGUGGGAUACCGUGCUCCUCCCAGCCGGACCGGAGGUCCCGCAGGUGACCGGGAGAAAGGCUACACUACAGAUGAGAGCAGCAACUCACUCCAUGCAUCCCGUACCUAUGGCGGGCGCGGCAGAGGACGAAGGCCCUCUAACAACCAGUAUUCCGGAUACGGCACCAACUCUGAAUUGUCAAACGCUUCUGAGUCAGAGGAUGUUAAUGAUCGAGAGACGAGACCCCGCGGCAUCAGUGGGGAUGAGAGAGGCUCCAGACGGGGUGGCAGGGGCCGAGGUACCAACUCAGGACGAGGGCGUGGGGGCCCUGCUGCCAAACCUUCCAAUUCUAUCAGCUCAGUUCUAAGGGAUCCAGACAGUAACCCAUACUCUCUGCUGGAGGGAGAGGCAGAGCUUGCAGAUGCUGACCUUAGUGAGGGCAUGGGAGGGGACCGCCACAGACGAUCCCGCCGUCGACGCAACGAUCAAGAGCCUAGUGUGAUAGACGCUGCUGGAGAGUCGGAUAAUCAGGCCGGCCCCAGUGAGAACGGACUAGAUGAUGAAGCUCGACCUCAGCGCCGAAACCGGAGCCGCCGCCGCCGGAACCGUGGCAGCCGCCCAGAGGGAGGGUCAGCUAGCCGUGACAGACAGCCAGCAGAAAGUGUGACCGUUGCUGACUACAUAUCCCGUCCUGAGUCCCAGAGCAGACAGAAUCUGCCCCAGAAGGAGAACCAAACUGGACCUGAACUCAAGGAGAACGGAACCAGCUCAAAGGAGGAGCGGACGCCAUCAAAGCGUUCUCCGAGCAAGGAGACGCCGACUUUGGUCAACGGGGUCUCAUAAGGAGAAUGGCCCCAUCCCUCGCGAAACCCAAGUCUCAAGCAAGACUCCAUGGCAAACUGUGUCCCUGCUUGCAUUAAGUUAAACCUUAAAGUGAUGAAAAGUACCUGACAAAAUACCUGAGUUCAUACUGAGAUGGAAAAAGUUAAAAAA